AUUGAUAAAUACGCCACACAGAAAUAAAACAACUAUUCAUAAACUAUUCAUAAAAUACCCAACCGUAUUAGUUAAAAUAACUUCUGAACUUAUGUGCUUAAAAACUAGAACGGAGUUUAUCAUUUUCUCAAGUGAUAAGGAAUUGUUUGUGCAAUGAUUUGAGGUCAAAUAUAAAGUGUACGCUAAAGUAAUCACUCGUAAAUAAUAUCGAAGAUAGCCUGACGGCAUUGCUGAUUAAGACGACACACUUAUGAACAUAUACAAGUAUGUGGAAUUUAGUGUUAAUUGGAUUGUCCGGAAUACUGGUAGGGGUCUUGUUGUCCAUGGAUCGCACAUUUCCUGUAGGUUUAUGCGAGGAAAAGCUACUUAAAAGAGUUGUUAGGGUUGAAAAAUUACUAAACGACACGUUUGAAAAUAUAACUGAAACACAUGUAAGGAUAAAGGAUGACAGUGUCAAGCUCAACGAAGCCUUACAUGCACAGUUGGAAGCCUUUAUUGAUACUGCUUUAUUUAACUAUGGGGCUGUUAGAGAAAUGAACUCCACAAUAACGACACUCGCUGGCACUUACUUUGAUAAGGUCGAGUCUUUCAUCGAUACUGCUACCAAGAAUAUAACUGCAACUUUAGAUAAAAUGAACUCUUCAAUCACGCGGCUCAUUGAACCGAAAGGAAAAAGUGUCAUGCAUCAGGUUAUGUUCCAUGUGCAACGGCCUGUAGUCCGAGACGGUGAAGGAUAUAAAAAACUUUAUGAAUAUGGAAUAAACGAAAAAGUCGUUUUCGAAUUAGUCGUGCACAACGAGGUUUCCGGCUAUGAUCCUAGCACUGGGUACUUCAUGGCUGCAGAAGCUGGAGUAUACAUGUUCACGCUGCAGUAUUGGUCAGGUUACAAACAUCUGGAUCACUUUCAAAUCGUUAAAGAAGGAAGGGUGUUGACUAUGUCACUUCAGAAAAAUGGUGAAGGGUGUUUUAGUGUGCGGGCGUUUGCUCUGCUAGCUCUGGGAGACAAAGUCUGGGUGAAGUCAACGUCUACAGAUAAUGUUUACUCUGAGAAAGGCUCAUGUAUGCACAGUUUUUCUGGGAUGAUUGUUCGCUUGUAAAUGUGUCAGGGCAUACAACAUUAAUUAGAGUAAUUGGGUCAAUCAUUGUUUUAUAUUCGUUGUGAUAUUACACUGUUGAAUGCAAGCCCUAGUCCCCUCUUAACUGCAGCAAAUUUAACUUUCACGCCAUUCAUUGGUUGUUGUUAGAAUCACAAAACGUGAACAAGAUACACUUAACGCACUUAAAAGUCGGGGGGGGGGGAAACAUCCUUGCCGGAAUUGCGCGCAAUACUGCUAGACAGAGCGAGCCAAUAAAACUAGUUAUGAACCAUCAUGUGACAAAUAAGAACCAACUGAGGCCAAAAAAGGGGCAGCGGUUGUGUUUAUCUUUCAUAGAAGUACAAUUAAGAAGCUAAAUUAUACUUAUACGAAAGACUAACGACAAUAUAGAGAGGUAAGGGGUGCUGUAUUAAUAAUACUUACUUUAACCAUAACACUAAAAGCGCACGCUUUAAUAAAAGCAUAACUAAUCAUAAUAGAUGCGCACUGAAGGUAAUUAAAUAGUGAAAUAAACAUAUAACUAUCACUUUUUAUGUAUUUGGAUUAUGUGUAGGCAUGUACAGGCCUUUUUACACAUUCGAAGAUAUGCGUACAUUAAAGCCACACAACUUAUUUGGCAUAGUUAAUGUACGUAUCAAUAAAAAAACAUAUUUUAUCUAUGCAAAUUAGAAUAUAUCUGGUGUUUACAAGGUAGAAAUCCGUCUUUAUUGUGCUUUAAAACUUAAAAAUGAAUGCGGUUGUCGAAAUGGACGUAUACGUCUAGAAAUCCUACUUUCGGUUUUAAAAGUGGUACCGUUUAAAAAACAAGCAAAUUCGUAGAAUUGAUAUUCCCCGCAACAUAUGCUUUGUUUGAGGAUAGGGUGCAAA